AUGCGACGCCAAGGUCACGACGCGCGCGCGUUCGAGGUUGCGGAUUCGCUGGGAGGGACGUGGCGGUACGACGGCGACGAGGCGACGGCGUCGAAAUCAAAGGCGCCGACGCCGAUGUACGCGUCGUUGCGAACGAAUCUGCCGCGAGAGGUGAUGGGAUUUCGAGAAUUUCCGUUCGACGCGACGGGCGAGCGCGGUGGCGAUAUGCGACGGUUUUGCGGACGCGAGGAGGUGCGAAGGUAUUUGCAGAGGUACGCGGAGACGUUUGGGCUCGAAAGAUUCGUGGAGUACGACGCGCGGGUGACGUCGGUGGUGCGCGCGGUGCGGGAGAGCGCGGAAGAGGAGGCGCGGUGGUCGAGCGCUUGGGAAGUGGUGUGGAAGAGCGGAAAAGACGAUGAGACGCGGCGGGAAAUGUUCGACGCCGUAGUCGUCGCGAACGGGCACUACAACGAGCCACGAGUGCCGGAAUUCGACGGUGCGCAGACGUGGCCGGGGGAACGAAUGCACAGUCACGAGUACAGGAUUCCCAAUGACACACGCUUCGUCGGGAAGAAGGUGUUGCUCAUAGGCGCGAUGGCGAGCGGAGAAGAUAUCUCGCGGGAAAUCGCCGAAGUCGCUUCGACGGUGUACUUGUCGGCGCGCACGUGGCAAAAUCCCGAAUGGGCCAAAUCCACCGAGGGCAUCGGCGCCCGCGGGAAUAUUUUCCGUAAACCAAACGUGAAACGAUUCGAGUCCGAUGGUUCGGUGGUUUUCGAAGAUGACACGGUUGCGGCAGACUGCGACGUGUGCGUGUUUUGUACAGGUUACAAGUAUCGUUUUGAAUUUCUGCCGCAGGAUUUGGUCUCGGUGGAAGAUAACUACGUCGCGCCGUUGUACGAGCAUUGCAUUUCGGUCAAUGCACCGUCCAUGUCGUUCGUCGGUUUGCCGUGGAAAGUCGUGCCAUUUCCAAUGUUCGAACUACAGAGUGAGUGGAUAGCGCGCAUGCUCUCCGGAGUCGUGCCGAUGCCGACGCGUGAAGAGUGCGCUCGAGGUGCGGCUGAACUCGAUGCGAAGCUCGAGCCUCACGGCGAAAUUCCGCGAAGACACGCGCACAUGUUCGGUGACGCGCAGUUCGCGUACAACGAUCGCAUCGCGAGCUUGGCUGGGGUGGAAGUGCACGCGAGCUGGCGAGCUCGAAUGUACAAGGCGACCGGACAAAACAAGCGAGCGCAUCCCGAAAAGUAUCGCGACGCGAACAUGCCGGACGCGGCCGAACUGGAGGAAGCGCGGCGCGAGUUUGAAACAAUUGUAUAUUAG